AUGGCAGCCACGGCAGCAAUACAUCCUUCGACACACAUCGGUGGUAAUGACACCGAGCCAAAGCUCGUCAACCGGUUGCGGGACAGCCGGUCGCCUUAUGUCAGGGCUCACAUGAAUAACCCAGUAGCCUGGCAGUUAUGGGACGCAGAGGCCAUUGGACUGGCCAGACGGCAUAACCGACUCAUCUUUUUGAGCAUCGGUUAUUCCGCAUGUCACUGGUGCCAUGUCAUAGAGAAAGAAUCGUUCAUGUCGCAGGAGGUCGCCUCGCUACUGAAUGAGUCCUUCAUUCCGAUCAAGGUCGACCGAGAAGAGAGACCUGAUAUUGAUGAUGUUUAUAUGAACUAUGUUCAGGCCACUACAGGGUCUGGUGGUUGGCCAUUGAGUGUGUUCUUGACGCCAGAUCUCGAGCCUGUCUUUGGGGGUACCUAUUGGCCAGGUCCGAACUCCUCGACACUCUCCGGACCACAUACCAUCGGGUUCGUUGACAUUCUAGAGAAACUGCGGGAUGUGUGGAAGACACAGCAGCAACGGUGCCGUGAGAGUGCGAAGGAAAUUACCCGACAGCUAAGGGAGUUUGCAGAAGAGGGGACUCACUCGCAGCAGGGCGAUCGGGAAGCCGACGAGGACCUGGACAUCGAGCUUUUGGAGGAGGCGUAUCAGCACUUUGCCUCUCGGUACGACGCAGUGAAUGGAGGCUUCUCGCGGGCACCCAAGUUCCCCACACCCGCCAAUCUGAGUUUCCUGCUUCGCCUCAAGACAUAUCCCAGUGCUGUAUCAGACAUUGUGGGGCAGGAAGAGUGCGACAAAGCCACUACCAUGGCAGUGAGCACCCUCGUCAGUAUGGCACGCGGAGGAAUCCGGGACCACAUCGGACACGGUUUCGCCAGAUACAGUGUCACAUCAGACUGGAGUCUUCCUCAUUUCGAAAAGAUGCUUUACGACCAGGCCCAGCUUCUUGAUGUAUACGUGGAUGCCUUUCAAAUCACGCACAACCCCGAGCUACUCGGCGCAGUCUACGAUCUCGCGACCUAUCUCACCACAGCCCCGAUCCAAUCGUCUACAGGGGCUUUUCACUCCUCGGAGGAUGCAGACAGUCUGCCAGCACCCAACGAUACAGAGAAGCGUGAAGGUGCGUUUUAUGUUUGGACUCUGAAGGAGCUCACACAAGUUCUGGGUCAACGCGAUGCUGGCGUCUGUGCGCGCCACUGGGGUGUGCUUCCGGAUGGCAACAUUGCGCCUGAGCACGACCCGCAUGAUGAGUUCAUGAAUCAGAACGUGUUGUCGAUCAAAGUGACGCCAAGCAAGCUGGCUCGAGAAUUCGGAUUGAGCGAGGAAGAGGUCGUGAAGAUCAUCAAGUCGGCAAAGCAGAAGCUGCGUGAGUAUCGGGAAAAGACACGGGUGCGCCCUGAUCUGGAUGACAAGAUCAUUGUCGCUUGGAACGGACUUGCUAUUGGUGCGCUGGCCAAGUGCAGCGCAUUGUUUGAGGAAAUUGAAAGUUCCAAAGCCGUCGAAUGCCGAGAGGCGGCGGCACGAGCGAUCAGUUUUAUCAAGGAGAAUCUUUUUGAAAAAGUAACGGGUCAGCUUUGGCGAAUCUAUCGCGAUGGCAGCCGCGGUGACACCCCUGGAUUUGCGGACGAUUAUGCCUACCUCACCCAGGGUCUGUUGGACAUGUAUGAGGCUACGUUCGAAGACAGCUAUUUACAAUUUGCGGAACAGCUGCAAAGAUACCUCAACCGUAACUUCCUGGCCUACAUUGGGUCCACGCCUGCUGGUUACUACAGCACGCCCUCUACCAUGACACCGGGGAUGCCCGGCCCUCUAUUGCGUUUGAAGACGGGGACGGAGUCCGCUACACCGUCCAUCAAUGGAGUGAUCGCACGCAAUCUACUUCGUCUCUCAGCGCUGUUAGAAGACGAAGAGUACCGUACUCUCGCGCGCCAGACGUGCCACUCCUUCUCCGUUGAGAUCCUGCAACAUCCUUUCCUUUAUGUGGGUCUCUUGGACGUCAUUGUUGGGUUGGAGACGGAGACUCGCAGCAUAACGGGGGUCUUCUGUACCGCCAGCGUGCCUCAGGGCAUCAUAUCGGAGGGGCCCGACGAUGUCACCCGCACAGUCGACCAGCCGACAUCCGUACGGGACCUCAUCAUCCGAAAAAUCCGGGCCGAGGCCGGCUCAGCAAUAGCGACGUCGACUAGAGUGACUUCACUGGUGGAUAUCCGGCCGUCUCAUCUGGGCGACUUUGUGGGCAAUCAAUCAUUUUGGCUACGCACUCGGAACACCCUGUUCAAGGACCUCAAGCCCUCGGAGCCACCGAAGAAUUAUUUGAUGAUCUGCGAGAGCGGGAGGUGCCGAAUGGUCGAUGUCUAA